AUGGACCUCAUCAAGAUAUAUAAGCAAAAUGAAAUUCUAGAGGAUUACGUAAAUAUAUAUUUUGAUGACGAGAAGGAACCAACUCUCCAACACAACAUCAAGUAUAAGAUUUUAGAUAUAAUAGGAAAUGGAGUAUACGGGGUGGUUUACAAAGCCUACUGUAUAGACAGUUCAUGUGUAGUGGCCUUAAAGCAGACGUAUCAAAAAAGCGCUCGAAUUUUCAAGGAGGUAGAAAUAAUGAAAAAGCUAAGACACCCAAAUAUAGUAAAAUUGAAGCAUGCAUUUUAUACGAACACUUCAAAUGGAGGCAUUUAUGUACAUAUGAUUAUGGAGUAUGGUAACACAGAUUUGGCUACCUCCCUUUACUAUAUUACUAUAGAAAACCCUGCUGAUCAUGUUAAUACUUUUUAUGAGCCGACAGUAAACCAGGAGGCGUAUGUACAAAACGGCAAUGCCUCUCUCCUUGGAGAUAACUGUUUGAACGAUGCUAACUUUGCAGGUGGGACAGACAAUCGGUUUACCACAUCCCAAUUAGACUGCACUAAGGGUGGAAGUGGUGUCCUUAAGAACGCUGUAAGUAACUUCAAUAUAAAUGCACUGCAAGAGAGUAUUAGCAAUAUAUGUCCAUGUCAUAACAUAAGUGAGUACAUUAAAAAAAGUUUUCUCAGUGAGAACCAAAUAAAAAUUUACCUGUACCAGUUGAUUCGAGCGACCUUGUACCUACACACUCUGUGCAUAACGCAUCGAGACAUAAAGCCACAGAAUGUUCUAAUCUUUGUUAACAAGCAAAGUAGUAGCAACGGGGUAGGGGGGUUAAAGAAGGAGGAGAAAAAAAAAUGCCUUAUAUGCAUUCAAAAUUCGUUCAAAGUUAAGUAUAUAAUGAAUAGACGCCGAAGAGGGAAGGGUAGAAGUGGUGGCAGUGUCCGUAGUAGUAGGAGCUCAAGGAGUGGUCGGAGCAAUGCCAGUGAAGCGGAGAGGAAAGAUGAAGCUGCACAUGGCGAAGAUCUGCCCGAGGGUGAAGCUGCAUCCAGUGGGAUAAACCACCCAGUCAGUGGAUGCGACGAAAACGAAUCACCCAGUAGAAAUUCCUCCCGUGGUGGUAGCCUUAAUUCUGCUAACAACACAAAGGAAGAGGAUUCGCAAAAUGAAGAUGCAACUUCCGACCAGGGAAGAGGAGACGAAACCCAUUCUCGUAACAAGAACAAAAGGGAUGACAAGGAUCAUUGGAUGGAAACCACGCCUUGCGGGAUUUCCAAAAGGAGAGCGCAAAGGUGUAAUAGCCGCUACAGUGGGAGCGCAACGCCCGUCUCCUUCAAGUGCGUAAUGAACCCCUUGGACAAGAAGGAUAUGCGGUUAAAAAGAUCGGCCAAGAUAACCCAGGGCAUCAAUGACACGGGCAAGGACAGUUCGAAGGAAAAUUGCUCUUCCUCUUCAGAAAACAAUUUUAUAAGCCAAUCCAGAAAGGGCGAACUGGAUGAACAGCCAGGAUCGCCCAAUUUGUGCACGGAGAAAAGCGCCAUAUUAGAUGGACAGAAGGAUAAAGUUGGGUGUGAUACAAGUGAGAAUGGGGGUGUAGCGCCUUCCCACGAUAACUCCUCCUCCAUCUCCUCUACGGAAGGGGGGGAUAUAUUACCGCGUUUAGAAGUGAGCUCAUCACACGCGGAAGAGAAGAUCAGCUUGAAAAGAAUCUACAUGAACUCUAUCACGUAUAAGUAUAUAAAGUUGUGUGAUUUUAACACCUCCAUUAAAUUGAAAGAGAAUUACAAAUAUUUCAGUUAUGUCUGUUCAAGGUAUUACAGAGCCCCUGAACUGCUCUUCGGCUCGAACUAUUACAGUCAGGCCAUUGACACCUGGUCCAUAGGCUGCGUGAUGGGCGAACUGAUCCUGGGAAAGCCCCUCUUCUUUGGGAAUUGUGCAUCGGAUCAGUUGGUGGAAAUAAUAAAAAUAUUGGGUACGCCGAAUGAUGAAGACUUUCUAUCGUUUAAAAGUGGACACAAGAAUCUAAAGCUACCUCAAGUGAAACCAAUAACCCUACAGAAGUUGAUAAAGAAUUACAGUUCUCAGGAGAGUAUCGAUUUGUUGGGUAAGCUACUUCAAUUCAACCCGCAGAAGAGAAUAAAAUUGUGUAACGCCCUGUUGCACACCUAUUUUGAUGAUAUACGCAAUUUAAAUGUUUUUAAGGAUGAAGGCAAUGGGGAUAGUACUUUGACGUUACCUUACAUAACCAACUGCUUUAACUUUACCAAGGAGGAGCUACUACACUUCACCGUGGAGGAGAGAAAAAUUCUCGUACCACUGGAAGUACGCCGUAGGAAAUUGGACGAAGUCACGCAGUACAUAGACAUGACUAUGGAGAACUUCGACAAGAUGUACCCAAAUAAGGUGUACUUGGCAUGUUGA